AUGAAGCCAGUAGCUAAAGACUUAGAUGCCCUCAUAGUCGGUGCCGGCUUUGGGGGCAUAUACCAACUCUACCGUCUGCGGCAGAUGGGUCUGGCCGUCAAGGUCAUUGACAUGGCCAGCGACGUUGGGGGCACCUGGUACUGGAACCGAUAUCCGGGGGCCAUGAGCGACACCGAGAGCUUUGUGUAUCGGUAUUCUUGGGACAAGGAAGACUUGCGAACCUAUCCCUGGACGCAUCACUAUGUCAGGCAGGCUGAUGUUCUGGCAUAUCUACAGCACGUGGCGCAACGGCACGAUCUGCGCAAAGACAUGGAGUUCAACACAGAACUUCUCGCGGCCGAUUGGGAUGACGCUUCUGGCCUGUGGCACGUCAGCCUGAGUACCGGCAAGACCUAUGCUGUGCGAUACCUCAUCACUGCCCUAGGUCUACUCUCCAAGGCCAAUUACCCGGACAUCCCGGGGAUCGAUACCUUCCAGGGUCAAAUGUGCCACACGGCCGCCUGGCCAGAAGGUCUCGACGUGACCGAGAAGAGAGUCGGGGUGAUAGGCAGCGGAUCGACAGGAGUGCAAGUCGUUACUGCACUGGCGCCGAAAGUCAAGUCGCUGGCCUCCUUCCAACGGCAUCCUCAGUACACGGUCCCAAGCCAAGAUCGACCAGUCGAGCCCAAGUAUCGAGAAUGGGUCAACGAGCACUACGACGAAAUCAUGGACCAGGUCAAAGCCUCAGACGUGGGCUUCGGCUUCGUAGAAUCGACGCGGCCUUUCCACUCCAUCAUGUCGGCGAAAGAACGCGACACCAUCUUCGAAGACCUGUGGCGGCAAGGCAACGGUUUCAAGUUCAUGUUCGGAGGCUUCAGUGACAUUGCAACAAACAAAGAAGCCAAUGAAGCCGCAUGCACGUUCAUCCGGAACAAGAUCUCGCAGAUUGUUCGUGACCCCGAGAAAGCCCGGAAGCUGCAGCCACACGACUACUACGCGCGGCGCCCACUCUGCGACGGAGGGUACUAUGAACAAUUCAACCGGCCCAACGUGGACAUUGUGCAUUUGGGGGAGACACCCAUCACACGCGUCACGGCCAAGGGCAUCGAGACCACCGCGGGCCUGCACGAGCUCGACAUCAUCGUGUUCGCGACUGGCUUCGACGCCAUCGAGGGCAACUACAACCGUAUCCGCAUCCGAGGCCGCAACGGCCUCUCCCUCAAGGACUAUUGGGACCCGACCGGUCCGACCAGCUACCUGGGCGUGGCGGUGCCAAAUUUCCCGAACCUCCUAAUGAUAACCGGCCCGCAGGGUCCGUUCACGAAUCUCCCGCCGGCGAUUGAAGCGCACGUCGACUUGAUCUCGCGACUCAUCGAGCACGCGGAGGCCGCCGCGGCGGGUGCACGGACACAGCACGAAACCAGUCAAACUGGUGUUCGUCUCUCGACGUCCGCUGCACCGGUCAUUGAAGCCGUGGCCGAGGCAGAAAAGGAGUGGGGCCGUGAAUGCGAUCUCGAGGCGGAAGGGAGUCUGUUCAAGGAAACCGCGUCGUGGAUCUUUGGCCAGAACGUACCGGGCAAGAAGUACGCUAUGCGGUUCUACUUUGGCGGACUCAAGGCGUUCUAUGGGCAUGUGCAAAGAGUCAUUGACGACGGGUAUGCCGGCUUCCGCCCUAUGAAACCUGUGGCGGAGGGUGGUGAUGGUGAUGAGAAUCAAGUCGGUGACGCUGGCAAGAUCGGUCAGGAAACAGAAACAGGAAAGGGGAUCGCUGCGCCACUCAUCAGAUCGAUAGAGGUGCCAGCGUUGAAUACCCCUGAGGUUCAAGGGGCUUAG